GCCGAAGAGUACCGCCAAGGCAGGUAGAAGGUACCUUCGUCGUCGUCAUCGAGCGGCAACAAGUGGCACAUGGGCCUCGCGCCGUUUCACACCGUAAGUGCCCCGAUAGUACCGAUUCGACCGUCGACUGCGCCGAGUACCGUUACCUCUUAAGCUUCUGCUGCUUCUUUUUCGAUUGGCCGAUAUUUGUUUUUUUCCGUCGGCGGUGAAAGACCAGGUGAAUUUUUGCAAAAUCGGUCCAACUGUGUGCUCGUCGGAAGUCAGCUGUCGCGUAAAAGAAGAGACUCGGUGUUAAGGAUGCAUCUACGCCACACAGCUGUUCUGUGAACUAAUGAAUGGUACCAGAACACCAACAGCAGCGCUUGGACCAUUAGAGUGGAUAGUAAUUAGAAGAUUUAAGUUUGGUUGCGACGAUUUGUCGCUGAAACAUUAUGUCGGUGCAAAGGCCGUCAGUCGCCUGCGUACCACCGCCGCUGCCGCCCAAAACCAAGUCCAGAAGGUCCUUGGACGACUACCAGGAGACCAGACGCAGCUUCAGCGACAGAAGGAAUAACCAGGAGGAUACUAACGGCUACCAGAACGGUGGUACCAUCGCGGAUCGCAAAUCCAUCUUCGCCGGCCGUAAUCGAACAACGGUUAAUCUCGGCACCGUUGCCGAUCUGAACAUUCCAUCGCCGCCGGUGGCCGGUGCAGUUCACGGGGACUCUGUGUACUCUUCUUUUGGUAGUGGUACUGGUAAAAGUGUGGGUGGAGGAGGUGGAGGCGGUCACGUGGUCAAGAUACUGAUCAACCCCCAGGAGACGCGGCUAGUGAACGAAGAGGAGGAGGUGAUUGAUGCGGGGGUAGGGAAAAAUGUGAAUAGUGAGGUGUCGCAUCAGGGUGAGGCGUGCAUUAGGAUUUCGGUGAACAACUCCGACCCGUACCAAAACAGUACCAUGGUGGAUGCCGUGGGCAGGUCGAGCCCGUCCCAUUACUUCUUCAACCAGUUCCUGACCAGCGGACAAAUGAGCCCGAGCGACACGUUAGAUUCGGGCACUUGCAGCGACCUUGACGGCACACCUCCGCCACUGCCCAAGAAGAAAAAUGGCGGAGGCGUGUCAGUAACAUUAAUUGGUUCGCACAACAAAGGCACAUCCGACGACGUGGGCGGCGGGGCAGACAGCGACGACAACGAGAGCCAGAGCAGCGGCAGCAGCAUCAGCUGCGACUCCCUAAACUGCGGCAAGGCAUCCCCAAUUACGUCGAAAGCUGCUCCCCUACGUAACGGGAUGAAGAGCAAGACGGAUAAGAACUCCGGCUCGACGCUACCACAGACGCUGCUUCAGGAUAUUCGUCAGAGGAAAGAAUUUUGCGGUUCUGAUCUUGUGGACGAAAAAUCGUACGAAGAACGUCAAAUUCAAGCAAACAACGAACAAGUGAUCAAAGCACUGGAAGGACUGAGCUCAGAUAUGUUUUAUAACUUCCAUCUGAACGAGAAAGAUGGAGAGUGCAAGGAAGUGGAUCAGGUUAACGGUAGAGCGGUGAUAGAAGACGAGACUUUUGCGGGGUACAAGGAUCUGAUCAACGGUACUACUGCCUCGACGAUACGGAGUUCCAAAGGAACAGUGCGCGGAGUGAAAAACAGGGUACGGGCGGGAAUAGCUACAUUCUUGCAGAUAAAUUCUACAGGAAGGAGCUACAAAGAAAAAGACGCCGGUAAAGUGGUGGUCUACACGACAUCCAUGGGGAUCAUCAGGGAAACGUACCAGGCGUGCAUGAAGGUUAAACAGAUUUUGCGGACGCUCCUGAUCAAGUUUGAGGAACGGGACGUCUUUAUGAGCACGGAGUAUCAAAACGAAAUUAAGGACAGGAUGAGAUGCGAACACAUUUUGAUACCGCAAGUCUAUGUGGACGGACAACACUGCGGGGAUGCAGAAACCAUAGAAAGGCUGAACGAGUCCGGCGAACUCAGGAAGAUUUUAAAAGUUUAUAAGAAUCCUGAUGUUUGUACCACCUGUCAAACUUGCGGAGGUUACAGGCUCCUCCCCUGCACCAUAUGCAACGGCAGCAAGAAAUCGGUUCACAGGAAUCACUUUACUGCUGAAUUUGUGGCUCUUAAGUGUAUGACCUGCGACGAAAACGGUUUAGUGAAGUGCAAUACGUGUUCGUAAGGUGACAGUAAAACGAUUGGAGAUAAUUUGACAUUUUUGUAUGAUAUUAGCUCAGAGUGACAGACAAAUACGGUUUGAUUGAAUAAAAACGACGUGGCAGGCAGACAAAUUUUACUUCAGACAGCGGCGUAUGUUAAACUGGCUAGGUAUUUUUACACAAAUGAAAAAGGAAAUUAAAGAUAAAGGAUUAUACUAUAUCCGUAUGGUAGCACAUUUUUAGACAACUUCUUUAUUUUUAAGAUUUUGAUGUCAAACAUCAACAAAAUAUUCCUUAUGUUUGGACUAAAUUUUCUCGAAAAUAAAGAUAUAAUUUAAAAUUCCGUUACAAUACGGAAAUAGAUUGAAGUUUUGUGAUUACAGUGAUAUAUUAUUUAUAUGGUUUUGUAACAAAUUGCUCGCUAUUUUAUGGCAAAUGCUGAAGCUUUGCAAACCUUAAUCAAGCCUGAAUCAAAGCACGUGUGUUUGGAAUUUUGGGUGUGGCUUAACACGACAGGAUCGGGCUUAGCCUUAGGCAGAUUUCUGAAAUAUAAUAUAUAUUUCCUUCGGCCACACACCCGCUUUACCCGACCCCUGAGAGCAACCCGAACAGUACAGCGUAAUAGACACUUAAGAUCAAUAAUUCUUCUAGUAUGCAUAUUUUCGAAAAUUGUUAUUACAUUUUCUUCAAAUGAAGAGAGCGCUACUCGAGGGGUGUCUCAGUGUUGAAAUUACAUUUUUUAUUUAUACUAUUAUUAUAUAGUAAUACUCGAACUGAAAUAUUCUUUCGUUGUUUACUGUCCCGUCGUUUUCAAUUCAUCUCACACUAUAUAGAUGUUAUUUUAUAUGUAUAUGACAGGUUCAUACUCUUGAGUUUUCCAUAUUAUAAAUAAUAUCCUGUAUUCUUACUCUGAAGCUAAUAAUAGGACUUAGCAAUUAUUUGCACAAGUGCCAUGAGAGUGUGAACGAAACAAAGACAAUUUAGUUUUGUGAUGUUGUAAAUAUAAAUAAUUUUAAUUGAACUUUACUUCAUGAAGAAAUUGUUGGGGAAGAUUAAGCAUUCAUAUAAUGAUAUUUUAUGUAAUAUUUAUAUAUGAGUUUGCAUACUGGUAAUAACUGUAUUAUGUUUAUCUAAUUAGUUUCUAUAUCUAGAUAUACUCCCUUUUUGAAAAAUACUCUGUUUUUAAUUAUAAAAAUAAAUAUAUUUUCUAAAA